AGUUAAUAGCCGGAGUAUAAGUGACGUGUAUGUGAACAGACCCUUGUUACUAGUGUAAUACUAGUAACUAAUAAGUGACUAGUAGAAAGUAACAUAUUCUGGUGUUUUAUUAUAUAUUAUAAACAAAAUGCUGGAUUUUUUGGAAGAUAUUAAGCGCAUGAAUAAGCGUCAACUUAUGUAUCAAGCAUUAAAUUUUGGCAUGAUCGUGUCUUCUGCAUUGAUGAUAUGGAAAGGCUUAAUGGUUGUUACAGGCAGUGAAAGCCCAAUUGUCGUUGUUUUGAGUGGAAGUAUGGAGCCUGCAUUUCAUCGAGGAGAUCUGUUAUUUUUAACCAACCACAAAGAAGAUCCUAUCAGAGUUGGAGACAUAGUGGUUUUUAAAGUAGAAGGUCGGGAUAUUCCCAUCGUCCAUAGGGUGUUGAAACUACACGAAAAAGAAGAUGGAUCUGUUAAAAUUCUAACCAAAGGUGAUAAUAACUCUGUGGAUGAUCGUGGACUGUAUGCACCUGGUCAGCUAUGGCUGAACAAAAAGGAUAUUGUGGGUCGUGCAAGAGGGUUUGUUCCAUACGUAGGAAUAGUUACAAUACUAAUGAAUGACUAUCCAAAACUGAAGUAUGCAGUGCUUGGAUGCCUUGGACUAUUCGUUCUAGUUCAUCGAGAAUGAAUUGAGUCAAGAUUAAAAGAAUUUUAUCUCAUAAUUGUGAAUGUUUUAACAUGUCAUAAGAAGGACAUUAUGUUACUGUUAUUAUGUUACUCUGGAUAAGGGAAUGAAACUUUAUUUACAGUUGGGGAAAUUCUGAUGCCUGAAAUCUGUUUCCAUAUUAGGUAUAAUUUCAAGAGCCUGCAUUUAUAUUUAAGAAACAUUUGUACUUAUUGUAUAACAGCUUAAUUACUUUACAGAGUAUUGAAUUUAAUAAAUUCUUAUUGGUUUUUCUGUAAAGUGUUAUAUAGGUCUGUUUGAGAACUAAGAAAGAAAUGCAAGAUGUUUAUUCCUCAUAUAAAGACAGAUAUCACAAAGUUGAAAUUUAGUGUCUGUGAAGUAUCUUUCAAAUGUCUGUAUUAAGUGAUGUCAGAUUUAAAGAUUUGGUGGUUUUGGGAACAUGUUAUUUCAUAUGCUUUUUGAAGUGACUGUAUGCAUCAUCAUUCAGCAAAAAGUAAUUGACUUUAUUUCAAGGUUAAAGUGUAUGUUUAGAAAUCAAGAAUCCCCAUGUCAGGUUUUUUUAAAAGAAAGUAUCGUGAGUUUUAUUGGUGAGAUGUUCUAAAGUAGACAUUUCAUUGGUUAAAGAUGAAGUGAGGUAAUAAAAGGUUUUCAUCCUGUAAUCAUGAUUUAUUGAUGUGGAGAAAUUAUUCCAUAAAUGUGUGUGUCCUUUUCACAUAGUUUCACAUCAACUAGCUAUACCAUAAAAUACUGAAAUUGAAAGAAAAUAUAAUAUUAAAUAAAAUAUUUCUAGCAUUUGGGUGAAUCUAUUUGUAAUAUUUUUUGGCUUGUAUAUAUAAUAAAACUAGGAUAACAAGCACUCUCAUUGAUUUAUAUAUAUAGAUAUACCUCUUAAAAUUGGUCAAAUUUUAGUUUUAUACAUCAACACAGAGUUUAAAGAUGCAUAUAAUCUGGUCAAGGCUUGUUUAUGGAAGUUUACUGAUAAGAAGUAAAUAAAGAAUUAAUUCAUGGUACUCAAGUACAAAUUGAAUAGUUUCAGACCUACAUUUAUUACAAAGUGGAGAAAUAUAAGAAUUGUAAUCAAAAUAUGGAAAGUUCUCUGGUUUCCUUGUGAAUGGAAACUUGUCAGACAUUUAUGUGCAGCAUAAAUCAAUGUUUUAUCCAUUUAACUGUUUCUAGGUGAAAAAUUCUCUAAGUUUAGUCAAAUUAGGUAAUCCUGAAGGAUCAAUUAAGCUAUACAUUUACAGUUUUAUAUAUGUGGCUUACUAGAAAAGAAAUUCUCUCAUUAAGUUAAAUAUGUAUCCAACUUUUUGUAAAGAACAAAUAUAUAUAUAUAUAUAUAAGUAGCAGUUGAACAUAGUCUUUGACCUUGUAGCAUGAACUUAAACAUGCCAAGUACAAUUCAAAAAUACUAUGAUAUAUUGUAACAUUUUUACUUUUCUCAGAUCUUAAUUAUACCAUUCUUUUUCUGGGUGAAUUCAUUACCAUCAUUAAUAUUCGUUAGAAAGUUAUCACUGCCUUUAAUUGGCUAGCAUUAUGUUUCUGUCAUCCUCAUGUCUAAGGGGUCAUCUGGAUAGUAUAUAUGUAAGAAGUGGAAAUUAAAUCAUAUAGUAUAUAAAAUUUUGGUGCUUAGAUACUUAACAGCCAUUCUGGUCACGCAUGUUUUUCUUAGCUAUGUUUUGGAAGAUACUCAAAAUAUAAUAUAACCUAAAGUUUUCAGUUGAAAGUUUCUUUUCACAGAAUUUAGUCCAACAACAGUAGUUUGAAUUGGAUUUUGUUACAUUUUUACACGUGUAGAAGAAAUUAUUAUAAUUUGUUUUUUUUUUCACUU